AUCAUUAGUGUCACUAAUUGAUCCAAUAAUACAAAAAAUGGUUCAGUUUUUAAGUCAAUUAAUUGAUCCCAAACUCAACACAAACUCAACAAAACAUAUGAUUGUAUUACUCGUCACGUAAUAAAUGAAUGAUUUGUUGAAUCUGUAAACACAAGACAUGUGAUUGUUAUUUGUGACCAAAUUAUCAAAAAAGUGGUCAAUAUUUGUGUUAAUCUAACAGUUAAAGUAUAUAAUGACCUACAAAAUGGUCACCCGAUGUCAUACAAAUCAAUUGUUGUCUAAAUGGUUGGUCAGUGGAUUAUACAGACAGACAACUGGUUUUCAUACRAGCAGUCGAUUGGAUGUCCGAAACUUCCGACGAUUUAUGGUCCCAAACAAAAGGGGACAGUUUGAACACCCGAGACUACCGAAGCCAUUGCUUGAAAAAGAGUUUGAUUAUCCUGUCUUUAGGGACACAUUGUUUAUCCGAUGGCCCGGCUAUUGGUUUAAAGGAAAGUUUGUUUAUGUCAAGGAAAUGGAGCCACAAAUAAUUGUUCCCGAUUUACAAGACUUUCAUCUCAAACCAUAUGUGUCCUAUCGAUGUCCAGACAUAACACAGUCUGCAUUUACGGCCAGAGAUCUAUUUAAUGCAACGCUUGCCGACAGUAUAAUUGAAAAGUUUAAGAAUGGAGAAGAUAUUGACCACAAUGUGACCGAUGAAGACAUACAAAAGGCUAAAAUCAAAGCAAAACAGACGGGCGCCGACCUCUUCAGUGAUACAAACUUUUUUGGCAUUCAAUAACAGUUUUGUUAAUAUUUGAAGAUUUGAAUUGCAUUUUCAUCUAAUAUACUGUGUAUUAAUAUAUUUUAUGUUUCAUCAAAUUGAAUAACUGAUAAUAUUUUAUAGAUGUAGUGAUGAAAUGU